CCCGCGGCCCGCCGAUGAAUUUGAUAUGAAUGGCAGUUGUUGUGUUUUAACUAUUUGACGUAAAUAAUUAUGGUUAGGAACUUUUUUGACGUAAAUUGUGUUUUCUGAUAUAAUUUGGAUAUGGAUAGCAAAUGGACAGACACAAAAAAAAGUGUAAACAAGAAUUUGGAAGACCUGAAGAAAGCGUUAGAGGGUAAAUGGAAGCUGUUGCCUCCUUCAGAAGAACUCAAGAGUACGGCACACGACAGGUUUUUGACAGGGCUGAAGAAUUACAUGCAAAAUUACCUGAAAGAAGAAGAAGACCUAUUAACAGAGCAUCAAAUAAAAGUUUUACGAGAAGAUGUGGAGAAAAUGUGGGCUCUGUGUUGUUAUACAGAUACACAGAAAGAAGAGUUCCCAGAGUAUAAUGUACCUGUUGUGUCUGAAACAAUCCUGGACAAACAUAGAAAGUAUCUUGCUACAUUGGAAGUAUUGUAUAAAAACAAUGAGUUGGUAUUCAGUUCAGCAAAGAAGUAUUUUGACCUGUGGCAUCAUGUGCAGGAUCUUGAGAAACAGUUAAGUGACCCUACUCGACUUUUCACUAAUCGAGGUGCACUGCUCCUUAAAAAUGAAAAGGAUCGCAAGGAUGGAAAAAAGGAAUUAAUUCGCUUGGAGGGAGAGCUGACAAGACUGGCAAAACAGCAUGAAGAAAAGUACGGGAAUCAACUUUUGAUACAUGGAGAAACAGUUAUGUCAUGGUUGCAAAAAUUUAAGCCAGAAUCUUUUCCAGGAUCAACUUGCAAAUCUAGGGUUCGCCCUUGGCACAAUGGGAUGUCAAGCCAAACAUCUACGGCAAAAAAGAGGCCAUGCACCACAGACUCUACUAUCAGCAAUGGGCCUGCACCAGCUAAACAAUGCAAGCGCUCCCUGCAUGGGAAAGUGAAUGGUUUUUAAGUCUUUUAAUGACGAUUUACAUGUACAAUUAUUGUAACUGCUGAGCUUCAUCAGCUUCUUCGUUUUAUUCUGUACUGAGUCAUUUUAAGUCACUGUGUACAAAACAUAGAUUAUUUAGAACUGUUUAUAUUAAAGUAAAUGUGUAGUUUUAACUCAUCUUGUUGUACUGCUGUCACUGAGGAGAAAAAAAGAUAAAACAUUCUUUGCAUGGAUACGAACAUCCAUAUUGUUAGUUUUAGCUUCUAGUGCAAUGAUAAGUUUUAUUAUAUCAUAUCUAUUUUAUUGUAAAUAAAUAAUUUUACACAAGAAACCACAGCGUCAGGUGUGAUCAGUAAGACUGGAGAUUUGGAAAGGUAAGAAGGUAUUUUGUUAAUUAGAUAAACAAGAUUUUAAUAUGCUGUGUUUUAUAAGAUUUUUCACCCCCUCGUUGUUGAUAUACUGUGUAAUUUAUAUCUUUGAGAAUUCAGCCAGGUUGACACUUUCAUGGUUAUGGUCAAUAUUUUCAUUCAGUCAGUUGCUUCUGGUGAAGACAGUGUAGGUGAUUGGCAAAAGUUUGAGACUUUACUUAGAAUUACUCAACAAGGAAAGCAAGA